AUGGAGUGUUCCACACUGAGAGGCAUGAGGAUUCAUGUUCCUGAAGUUGUUCGAUCUGGAGACACAGUAACUUUGUCCUGUGAGUACGACCUGGAACAAGUGGCUCUCUAUUCCAUCAAAUGGUAUUGGAACGAUGAAGAGUUUUAUAGAUUCGUGCCCAAAGAAUCCCCUCCCUCCAGAGCGUUCACCAUGACUCACGUCAAUGUUGAUCUUUCUCGAUCGGGUCCAACAGACGUUACUCUCAAAGGCAUCCGAAGGGAACAAACAGGAGAUUAUAAAUGCGAAGUUUCAGCUGAUGCUCCACGAUUCCACACUGAAAUUCGAGGAGCACACAUGAUUGUAGCAGACCUGCCAAGUGGUAAUCCAGUGAUGAAUAUUGAGCCCGCUAAAGCUGAGAUUGGGAAGAAGAUAAGAGCGCAUUGCCACGCCCCCGGAUCAAAUCCACCCGCCAACAUUACCUGGUUUAUAAAUGACGAACAGGUCACUCUCAAUAACACCAGUACGAGUGUUCUCCAUCUAGAGUUUGACACCGAUUAUGAUUUGGGUCUCAAGUCAUCCAAAUCAAAACUGGAAUUAACAACAGAUAGAUCUCAUUUCAAUCGAGGAUUACUGACUAUAAAAUGCAAGGCCUCGGUCUAUACUUUGUGGCAAGAAAGUGUGCAGAAUAAUGUGAGAGAAGAUGUUCCACAGCUAGCUCCAGUAAUAGGUUCCACUUCAUCGCAGAGUCAUACCGAUCAAGUGAUAGAAAUCAUCAGUAGUAGCAGCAGCAGUAGAAACCAGCAGUGUACGCGAGUAUUCAUAUAUUUUAUUCUGACAAUAGUUUUUCUGAGGUAAUGUUCAUUUAAUGAAAAUGGAGAUUUUUGAAUAUGUGCCUCUUCAGAAAAAAAUUAUUGGAAACCUUUGGGGUGAUCUGUCCCACUUUUAAACUGAAACGAGAGUAUUGAUGAAUCUGUAGGUCUAUCAAAACUGUUCAGAAUACCCAUCAGUUUCGACAUUCAGCAUCAUUCCGGCGUGAAGAAUAUCUGUAUGUAAUUUCUGCUCAAUAAUGUUAGAUUUAAGUUUUCAAUUGAUACAAUGUCAUUUAGAGAAUGUCCAUCUUGAAAUCACUUAAGAAUGAACUCAUCAUGCAACUAUUAGAAAUCACACAGUGAUAAAGCAAGCAAUAAAGUACACAUCUAGGAUUGAACAAAUAGUUUAAGUGCAUACAUGAGUUUAUUCCGAAGGCCAACAGAAACGAAUUUGGAAAUGAGGUUUCAUUAUAAUGGUCCAGUCAUCUUAGUCCAAAUUAGGUGAGUAAGACUCAAAACGUAUUGCAAUAUGCUCAAAACUCAUUUCACGUGGAGGUAUUGAUAAUAAGAAAGCAAGCAAAAACCAUAGCAAUGUUCUUUUUAGAUGGUAUCCUUUAAAAACCGGUUAAUGUCAACGUGGCAACAUUAGUUCAAAACGCCUUGCCAACUUGUU